AUGCCGCCCGAUUCUAACCCGCCAAACGGCAGGGGAAUGAUGCUGUAUGCGAACCUGCUCGAUCCAGAUCCAGAGCCUACGCCUGGCACAAUCACCCGCGCUCCUGUCGUCUUUCAGCAGCAGGGUUCCGAGACAGACGCGCAAACCGAAGGACCUCCCUCCAAAAAGCAGCACCUCGAUGCCUCUCACCUCCGAUUCCAACCCGUCAAGCGACCUCAACUCGCCCAGAAGCCGAAGGCCAAACCCACGCUACCAAAAGUCGUUCCACAAUCGGCCGCCGCAGAACCCUCAGAUACCAGUGCUGUGACCUCUAAUGCUGCGACUUCCAAAUACACCUUGGCCGAUUGGGCUGCUACGGAAGAAGAAGACUUCGGAUCUUACGUGCCCGAGAAGCGACAACGCGGUGGAAGAAAGAAUCGCAAGAAGAACUACCGCGAGGAACGCGAUACCCAAGAGGAGGAAGAGGAUUGGGACGAGAUUUACGACCCCACCCGACCGACGGAUUACCACAAGUACAAAAACAGCUCGGAAAAGAUCCGUGAGGUGCAGGAAUGGAAGGCGCGUCUCUAUGCCCAUCGCAAGAAGCGCCACCUGAGCCCUCCCGAGGUCUCAGAUGACAGUGGCCGGAACCCAUUGCAGAAACGUGUGUCUUUUGUCCCCGCACGAGGCUUCCAGAAGAGUGGCCCUAACAUCACCCUGGAAGGUCAUUUCCCUCCACCCAGCAGUUUUGCGCCUCCGCCAAACCUCAAUGACUACCCGCCUCCACCCCCGGCUGAUACCCCGGACGACGCAUCUGGAGAAGAUGCGUUCGCCCGUCGUGCAGGCCUGGGGUCUUCUCUCAAGAAACUCCCUCCCCCUCUCUCGCUUGGGGCGAGCCCGGCACCAACUCCAGCCGUCUCUACCGGCGAGGGUGCAUACUCACAAGAACUUCAGCAAAGCCGACAGCAAUCACUGGCAGCAAGUACACCCCCUCCAUCUCACCCUGCUUCUUACAGCUUCCAACCCGCUUCUGCAACCAUUUCUCGCGCCCCAGUUCGCUACGAACUUCCUCCACCUCCGGCUGAUAUUCCAGCAUCAGAGGCGGAAUUGGAAGAGGCAUUCGCAAAGGAGAAGUACUCGGAGGAUGAAACUAUGGACGAUGCGCCACAGACCAGCCGGCCUUCCAAGGAGGGAUAUGCAGAGCGACUUCUUACGAAAUAUGGCUGGACCAAGGGAUCUGGCCUUGGUCCCAAUCUCUCUGGUAUUUCCGCACCCCUACAAAUCGAACUCGAGAAGCGCAAGAAAAAGGCCAAGCCUGAGGGCGGAAAAUUCUUCCAGCCCCGACGAGCUAAAAUCACUGGAGGCGAGAGCAAGCAUGACGAACACGAGGGAAAGUUUGGUAAGACGAGCGAGGUUAUUGUUCUCGACUACAUGCUGGAUGGUCUGGAUCUCGAGACCGAAAUGAGCUCUGCCGAUGGUGGUGUGCGGCAGAAAAUCGGUGAUGAAUGCUCCGAGAAGUAUGGUCCAGUGGAGCGGGUUCAUAUUCCCCUUGAUGUGCGUGGCUCGGUCCCCGUGUUUGUCAAGUUCACAAGUGAAUUGUCAGCGCUCAAGGCUGUCAAUGCCCUUGACGGACGGGGCUUUAACAACAGCUCUAUCAAGGCGCGGUUCUUUGACGCCGAGAAGUUUGAGCGAGGAAUCUACAAGUGA